AUACAUAAACAGUCUCGUCUAACAAACAGAAACACGUAUUACAAAAAAAUAAAACAAGUCGAGAGUUAUUUUUUUGCUAAUAACUUACAGGAGCAAGCAACUUUUCAAGAAAUAACAAAACAAACCAUAUAGCAAUAUGUUUAGGAAGUCAAAACCUCAAGUAGCACCACCACCUGCAGCACCCACAAUUGAAGAAAUGCUUGCCGAUCUUGAAACAUUUGAGAUUGCCCAACCAACAGCAAAUACAGGAAAUUUUGGUAACAGCGCCGCGUUUGAGCACGCACUGCUUACAGAACCCGAAAACUUGGCCCUGGAAACCUGGUGGCAGGUAUUUGACGAAUACGACCAAAAAGUCAGGAAACUGGAGGCGAUGGAAGGCACAUUGGACACACAAAAGGAAAAGUUACUAGCGUGUAAACAAAAUCUAGAAGAAAAGGCUAAUCAUUUGCGCUUAGGUAUUAAUAAGCAACAAAAAUUAAUAAAAGAAGUUGUUGAAUGUUAACCAAUUGUAAAGUAAUCUUGUUAUUAUCGCAAGCAUAGUUACAGUCAAUUAUUGAAUUAAACAAAUUAACUAUUAUUUAUGUGGGCAAGUGUGACAGCAGAAAAUAUAAUUCCGAUAUGGUCUCACUAUCCUGUGCUUUAGAAAAACCCCGCAGACGGUCACUCUCCAUACACAGCGACUGUUAUCGAGUAUGUAGUUAGACAGCGCUCAGAAAGUAUCGAUACUAGUUACCUGCAGCCGUUUUAUAUGUGGGGAGAAAUAAAAUAUUUGUUUUUAAAAGCAUUGCAUUAAAAUGCAAGCGUUUAAUUGAAUAAAAUCAGCUAAGCGUGAGAUGUCACAUACAACGGAUGUUUUCCCACUUUGGCAAUAACAACAACAACAGUAACACCAACCGACAACAACAACAACUGCUGCAAUAAUGUAAGAGGCGGAGGGGCUAACAAAGGUCAAGCAAAGCCAACAAAAACCCCAGCCUAGAACUAGUUAGGUUUCCACACACACACAAACACACUUACACUAAAACACACACACAUACAAAACGUAGUGAGAAUUAA